AGGAAUCCUUAUGAUAUCAAUAAGAUCUCCGGUGGUUCUUCUAGCGGAUCUGCCACACUGGUCUCUGCAGGAUUGUGUCCAGUUGCACUUGGUGUUGAUGGAGGAGGUUCUGUCCGUAUGCCUGCUGCUCUUUGUGGUGUUGUUGGUUUCAAACCAGGAUUCGGCCGUGUGUCUCAUUCAGGUGUUCUUCCUCUGAACUAUACAGUAGGAAUGGUUGGUGUAUUGGCAGCCACAGUUGAAGACGCAUUUAUUGUUUAUGCAGCUAUAAGCAGCAACAGUCUGUCAGAUCACCCCGUUUCUUUACAGCCUAAAGUAGAUUUCCCACUUUUGAAGUUUACGAACUCAAUUUCUAAUAUCAAAAUGGCGAAGUAUGGGGAGUGGUUUAAUGAUUGCAAAGAUGAAAUAAAAAACUGCUGCUAUGAUGCCCUGGACUUGCUUAGCAAGACUUACGGGUGGAAGACUGUGGAGACAACCAUACCCGAAAUUGAAGCGAUGCGUCUCGCACACUAUAUAACAAUUGGUUGUGAAUGUAAUGCUUCACUGAACUCUCAUUCAGAGAAGAUUAAGCGUUCAGAGUUAGGUUGGGACGCAAGGGUAGCACUUACUGUAUAUGCCUCAUUUAGCAGCGGAGAGUAUUUGAAUGCCCAGCGAGUUAGAAAUCGUCAUAUGCAAAUUUAUGCGAAGAUCUUUAAGUCUGCCGAUGUAAUUGUCACGCCUACAACAGGUGUCACAGCAUAUCCAAUUACAAAAACUGCUAUAAAAUAUGGCGAGUUUGACUACCAUAACGGAGCUGCACUUGUACGGUAUCAAAUACUGGGGAACUUUCUUGGACUGCCUGCGGUGACAGUUCCGGUCGGAUAUGACAAAUUUGGGAUGCCAAUUGGUUUGCAAUUCAUUGGGAGACCACAUUCUGAAGCGACUUUAAUCCAUAUAGCUUUCGCGAUGCAGAGUUUGUGCAUCUCAAGCUACAGAAAACCACAGGUUUUCUAUGAUUUGCUUGGUAAAGAUGCAGUACGAGGACCAACAAUAAUGGAAGGACAUCAAAACAUGCUUAUGAUGCCUUCAACUUGAUUUACUUGGUUAUGCAAUUCAAUCAGUGUAAAGAGAGAACUUAUACUUUGGUUAGUCUUUGGCGUUUGCAGCAUUGGUGGCUUAUAUAUAAUUCCUACGCCAUAUCUAGCUGGUUAGUACACAGGAAUAAGUACUUGAAAUUUUGAAUUUCUAAAAACUUCACACGGCACUUUUGUUAUUUCAUUCUUCAACUGGCAGUUUUUCUUGUCCUUCAGAGUUUAGACAUCGAUAAAAAAAAUAUUGAUCCAUUAUCCUCGACUGUUUGUGCUAUGAAUUGAGGUUUUAACCAAAGAGGAGAAGAGAUUUAGCAACA